AUUGCAGGAGUACAGAGUCCAGCGUGAUUUCUCAAACUCCCACUCUCUCACUCUGUUACUGUCUUUUCUUCUCUCUGUGACUUGCUGUAUUGGAGCACAACACACUCUCUUUCCUAUUGUUCGUGUUGGUGUCAGCCGGCUGUUUGUCCUGUGAGAGGAUGGGAGGAUGGAUAAAAGACUUGAAGUGAUGCUGCUGUUCUGCUGAGCCAGCUCAGGCUGCAGGAUCACCUAGAGCGGAACCUUUACAGCUAACCACUUACAUCUUGGGCCACCACUGGACUUUGUUUUCAAAAGGGGGGGGGGCCAGCGAACCCCUCUUUACCCCACUUCCUCCAGCUUCCUUUCUCCUGGACUGAUGGAGCUACAGAGGGCGACCAGCAUGCCUGGCCCCCUAACCCCAGGGCCUCUCUCCCCAGGGUCCCACUCCCCUGGGCUCCUGUCCCCCUCCUCUGGGCCUGGCCCCUCUCUGGUCUCCAGCCCUGGGCCUGAUCUGGGCUAUUCUACCAAAGCUGCUUUCAACUACAACCAGCUAGAGGGCCGCUUUAAGCAGCUACAAGAUGAGCGUGAGGCUGUUCAGAAGAAGACCUUCACUAAGUGGGUCAAUUCCCACUUGGCCAGAGUUUCCUGCAGGAUCACUGACCUCUACAUGGACCUGAGGGAUGGACGCAUGCUCAUCAAAUUGUUGGAGGUCCUCUCUGGGGAGAGACUGCCUAAGCCCACCAAGGGCCGCAUGCGUAUCCACUGUCUGGAGAACGUGGACAAGGCCCUGCAGUUCCUCAAGGAGCAGAGGGUCCACCUGGAGAACAUGGGCUCCCAUGACAUCGUCGAUGGCAACCACCGCCUCACCCUGGGCCUCAUCUGGACCAUCAUCCUCCGCUUCCAGAUCCAGGACAUCAGCGUGGAGACCGAGGACAACAAGGAGAAGAAGUCUGCGAAAGAUGCCCUGCUGCUUUGGUGCCAGAUGAAGACCGCAGGAUAUCCGAACGUGAACAUUCACAACUUCAGUACCAGCUGGAGAGAUGGCAUGGCCUUUAACGCCAUCCUCCACAAACACAGACCCGACCUGAUAGACUUUGAUAAGCUGAAGAAGUCCAACGCGCAUCACAACCUGCAGAAUGCCUUCAACCUGGCAGAGCAACACCUUGGCCUCCAUAAGCUGCUGGACGUUGAGGAUAUCAGUGUGGACCACCCCGAUGAGAAGUCCAUCAUCACAUACGUUGUGACCUACUACCACUACUUCUCCAAGAUGAAGGCCCUGAAGGUGGAGGGAAAGCGUAUUGGGAAGGUGCUCGACAACGCCAUUGAGACGGAUAACAUGAUCCAGAAGUACGAGAGUCUGGCCUCAGACCUCCUCGAGUGGAUUGAACAGACCAUUAUCAUCCUCAAUAACCGCAAGUUUGCCAACUCCCUGGUGGGGGUCCAACAACAGCUCCAGGCCUUCAACACCUACCGGACCGUGGAGAAACCCCCCAAGUUCACAGAGAAGGGCAACCUGGAGGUCCUCCUGUUCACCAUCCAAAGCAAGAUGAGGGCCAACAAUCAGAAGGUCUACAUGCCACGGGAUGGGAAACUCAUUUCAGACAUCAACAAGGCCUGGGAGAGGUUGGAGAAGUCUGAGCAUGAGAGGGAGCUGGCCCUGAGGACGGAGCUGAUUCGUCAGGAGAAGCUGGAGCAACUGGCCCGCCGCUUUGACCGCAAGGCAGCCAUGAGGGAGACCUGGCUGAGUGAAAACCAACGCCUCGUCUCACAGGACAACUUUGGCUUCGACCUGCAGGCGGUGGAAGCGGCCACCAAGAAGCACGAGGCCAUCGAGACGGACAUUGGCGCGUACGAGGAGCGCGUGCAGGCCGUGCUGUCCGUGGCUAAGGAGCUGGAGGCGGAGAACUACCAUGACAUCAAGCGCGUGGCGGCCAGGAAAGACAACGUGCUUCGCCUGUGGGAGUACCUGCUGGAGCUGCUGAAAGCCCGGCGAGCACGACUGGAGAUGAACCUGGGUCUGCAGAGGGUCUUCCAGGAGAUGCUCUACAUCAUGGACUGGAUGGACGAGAUGAAGAUGCUGCUGCUGUCCCAGGACUACGGGAAGCACCUGCUGGGAGUAGAGGACCUUCUGCAGAAGCACGCUCUGGUGGAGGCUGACAUUGCCAUUCAGUCCGACCGCGUCAAAGCCGUUAACAACAACGCUCAGAAGUUUGCCAUCGACGCAGAGGGCUACAAGCCAUGUGACCCCCAGGUGAUCCGGGACCGCGUGGCACACAUGGAGUUCUGCUACUCUGAGCUGAGCCAACUGGCCGCUGAGCGCUGUGCCCGUCUGGAAGAGUCUCGCCGCCUUUGGAAGUUCUUCUGGGAGAUGGCUGAAGAGGAGGGCUGGAUACGUGAGAAGGAGCAAAUCCUGUCCUCAGAGGACUGCGGCAAGGACCUGACGGGUGCCAUGCGCCUGCGUAGCCAGCACCGCGCCUUUGAGGACGAGCUGAGCGGCCGCGCUGGCCACCUGCAGCAGACCAUCAAGCAGGGCGAAGAACUGGUGGCCGCAGACCACUUCGGCGCUGACAAGAUCCGCGAGCGUAUUCAGGACAUCCAGGAGCAGUGGGCGGCCCUGGAGAGACUGUCUGCCGUUAGGAAGGCCCGGCUGGAAGAGGCCUGCAACCUCCAUCAGUUCCAGGCUGACGCAGACGACAUCGACACCUGGAUGCUGGACGUUCUCCGCAUUGUGUCUAGUGCUGACGUGGGCCACGAUGAGUUCUCCACCCAGGCCCUGGUCAAGAAACACAAGGACGUGGCAGAGGAGAUCGCCAGCUACCGGCCAGUCAUCGAUGCCCUGCAUGAGCAGUCCAAAACCCUGCCCAGGGAGCAGGCUGGCUCUGAGGAGGUGCAGGGGCGCCUGGCAGGUAUCGAGGAGCGCUACAAGGAGGUGGUUGAACUGACCCGGCUGAGGAAGCAGGCCCUGCAGGAUGCCUUGGCGCUCUACAAGAUGUUCAGCGAGGCGGAUGCCUGCGAGGUGUGGAUUGACGAAAAAGAGCAAUGGCUCAACAGCAUGGAGAUUCCAGAGAAACUGGAGGAUCUAGAAGUGGUUCAGCACAGGUUCGAGAGUCUGGAGCCAGAGAUGAACAACCAAGCGUCCCGUGUCGCUGUUGUGAACCAGAUUGCUAGGCAGCUAAUUCACAGUGGUCAUCCCAGUGAGAAGGAGAUCAAAGGCCAACAGGACAAACUCAACACCAGAUGGAGCCAGUUCCGGGACCUUGUCGACCUGAAGAAAGAUGCCUUGAACUCAGCUCUGGGUGUACAGAACUACCACCUUGAGUGCAACGAGACCAAGUCUUGGAUCCGCGAGAAGACCAAGGUGAUUGAGUCCACCCAGGAGCUGGGCAACGACCUGGCCGGGGUCAUGGCCCUGCAGCGCAAACUCACAGGCAUGGAGCGGGACCUGGCUGCGAUCGAGGACAAGCUAGGGGAACUGGGGAAGGAGGGAGAACGCCUGGCGGCUGAGCACCCUGACCAGGCUCAGGGAAUCAUGGGUCGUCUAGGUGAGAUCACAGGGGUGUGGGAUGAGAUGAAGGGCACCUUGAAGAACCGCGAGGAAUCUCUGGGCGAGGCCAGUAAGCUGCAGCAGUUCCUCCGAGAGCUGGAUGACUUCCAGUCGUGGCUGUCCAAGACCCAGACAGCCAUCGCCUCUGAGGACAUGCCGAACACCCUGGCCGAGGCAGAGAAGCUGCUGGCGCAGCACGAGGGCAUCAAGAACGAGAUCCGCAACUACGAGGAGGACUACCAGAAGAUGAGGGACAUGGGUGAGAUGGUGACCCAGGGCCAGACCGAUGCCCAGUACAUGUUCCUCAGACAGCGGCUGCAGGCCCUGGACACGGGCUGGAACGAGCUGCACAAGAUGUGGGAGAACCGCCAGAACCUGUUGUCCCAGUCCCACGCCCACCAGCUGUUCCUCAGGGACACCAAGCAGGCCGAGGCCUUCCUCAACAAUCAGGAGUAUGUGCUGGCCCAUACUGAAAUGCCCACGACUCUGGAGGGGGCGGAAGGAGCCAUUAAGAAGCAGGAGGACUUCAUGACCACCAUGGACGCUAACGAGGAGAAGAUCAACGCGGUGGUCGACACGGGAUGCAGACUGGUCAGUGAUGGAAACGUCAACGCUGACCGCAUCCAAGAGAAAGUGGACUCUAUCGACAAGAGACAUAAGAAGAACCGCCUGGCAGCCAAUGAGCUUCUCUGUAAGCUGAAGGAUAACAGAGACCAGCAGAGGUUCCUCCAGGACUGUCAAGAGCUGUCCCUGUGGAUCAAUGAGAAGAUGCUCACGGCUCAAGACAUGUCUUAUGACGAAGCCAGGAACCUCCACAGCAAAUGGCUCAAGCAUCAGGCCUUCAUGGCUGAGCUGCAGUCCAACAAGGAGUGGCUGGACAAGAUCGAGAAGGACGGGAUGCAGCUGAUGGCUGAGAAGCCGGAGACUGAGGCCAUGGUGAAGGAGAAAAUGGCUGACCUCCAUAAGAUGUGGAACGACCUGGAGUCCACCACUCAGACCAAGGCCAAGUGUCUGUUUGACGCCAACAAGGCUGAGCUGUUCACCCAGAGUUGUGCCGACCUGGACAAGUGGCUGGUGGGACUGGAGGGGCAGAUCCAAUCGGACGACUAUGGCAAAGAUCUGACCAGCGUGAACAUCCUGCUUAAAAAACAACAGAUGCUGGAGAGCCAGGUGGAGGUGCGUCAGAAGGAGGUGGAGGAGCUGCAGAGUCAGGCCCAGGUCCUCAGCCAGGAGGGGAAGGACACCGAGGAGGUGGAUGGACAGCGUUGCAUCGUAGAGAAGAAGUUCCAGCAACUCCUGGAGCCCCUGAAGAAGAGGAAGGGAAAUCUGAUGGCCUCACGUGAAAUCCACCAGUUCAACAGAGAUGUGGAGGAUGAAAUUCUCUGGGUUGAAGAGAGAAUGCCUCUGGCAACAUCUACCGACCAUGGAAAUAACCUACAAACAGUCCAGUUACUCAUCAAGAAAAACCAGACCCUGCAGAAGGAGAUCCAAGGCCACCAGCCGCGCUGUGACGACAUCUUUGAGCGGAGCCAGCAGGUCCUGAGGGAGAAUGACGACAGCCCCAGUGGCGAGGGGAUUCGCCAGAGACUAGCGGACCUGCGUCGCCUUUGGGCCCAGAUCCUGGAGGAGACGGGCAAACGCCACGCCCGUCUGGAGGAGGCCCACAAGGCUCAGCAGUACUACUUUGAUGCCGCCGAGGCAGAGGCUUGGAUGAGUGAGCAGGAGCUCUACAUGAUGUCAGAGGAGAAGGCUAAGGAUGAGCAGAGCUCCGUGGCCAUGCUGAAGAAGCACCAGAUCCUGGAGCAAGCUGUGGAAGACUAUGCUGAGACGGUCCAUCAGCUUUCCCAGACCAGCAGGGGCCUGACGGCCGCCGGACACCCGGAAAGUGAACGGAUUGGCAUGCGCCAGUCCCAGGUGGAUAAGCUGUACGCGGGGCUCAAGGACCUGUCGGAGGAGAGGAGGGGGAAGCUGGAUGAGAGGUUCCGUCUGUUUCAGCUCAACAGGGAGGUGGAUGAUCUGGAGCAGUGGAUCGCGGAGAGGGAGGUGGUGGCCGGGUCCCACGAACUGGGACAGGACUAUGAACAUGUCACGAUGCUGCAGGAGCGUUUCCGGGAGUUUGCUCGCGACACGGGCAACAUCGGUCAGGAGCGCGUGGACGCGGUCAACCAGUUGGCGGAUGAGCUCAUCAACUCGGGCCACGCCGACGCGGCCACCAUCGCUGAGUGGAAGGACGGGCUGAAUGAGGCGUGGGCCGACCUGCUGGAGCUCAUUGACACGCGCACGCAGAUCCUGGCAGCGUCCUUUGAACUGCACAAGUUCUACCACGACGCCAAGGAGAUCCUUAACCGCAUUUUGGACAAACACAAGAAGCUGCCUGAGGAGCUGGGCCGAGACCAGAACACUGUAGAGACCCUGCAGAGGAUGCACACAACCUUCGAACACGACAUCCAGGCCCUGGGGACGCAGGUGAGGACGUUGCAGGAGGAUGCCGUACGCCUGCAGUCUGCUUAUGCCGGAGACAAGGCUGAUGACAUCCAAAAGAGGGAGGGUGAGGUGCUGGAGGCCUGGAGGACCCUGCUGGAGGCCUGUGAAGGCCGCAGGGUCAAACUGCUCGACACCGGUGACAAGUUUCGUUUCUUCAGCAUGGUGCGAGACCUCAUGCUCUGGAUGGAGGACGUCAUCCGCCUCAUCGAGGCACAGGAGAAGCCCAGGGAUGUGUCGUCCGUGGAGCUCCUGAUGAACAACCACCAGGGCAUCAAGGCUGAGAUAGACGCCCGUAAUGACAGCUUCACCAACUGCAUUGAGCUGGGCAAGUCCCUGUUGGCACGGAAACACUACGCCUUAGAGGAGAUCAAAGAGAAGUUAUUACAGCUGACGGACAAGAGGAAAGACAUGAUUGACAAGUGGGAGGACAGAUGGGAGUGGCUUAGAUUGGUUCUGGAAGUCCACCAGUUUGGUAGGGACGCCGGUGUGGCCGAGUCAUGGCUGCUGGGACAGGAGCCGUACCUGUCGAGCAGGGAGAUGGGCCAAAGCGUGGACGAGGUGGAGAAACUCAUCAAGAGACACGAGGCCUUUGAGAAGUCAGCCGCUACCUGGGAGGAGCGUUUCUCCGCGCUGGAGCGGCUGACUACGAUGGAAUUACUGGAAGUGAGAAGACAGCAGGAGGAAGAGGAGAGGAGUAGAAAGCCCCCAGAGACCCAGGCUGAUGCUGCAUUGCCCCAGCAGCGGGAGGCUGAGCAGGUGUCUCAGAACGGACUGCCAUCAGACCAGGACUCUCCUCGGGACAACGGCGAGGGAAGUGACAUUGUCAACGGAGUGGCGGAGCCCAGCCCGGGAGGGUCGCCCAGUGAAGCGCGCAAGAGCAAGCCCAGCCAGGCUGCCACCCUCCCGGCCAAGCCCCAGGACCCAGCCUCGGCCAACCAGAUGGAAGGUGUCCUGCACCGCAAACACGAGUGGGAGGGUCACAACAAGAAGGCGUCCAGCAGAUCCUGGCACAAUGUGUAUUGUGUGAUUAACAACCAGGAGAUGGGCUUCUACAAAGACAACAGGAGUGCUAGCCAAGGCAUCCCCUACCAUAACGAGAUCCCCAUCAGCCUAAAGGAUGCUGCAUGUGAAAUCGCCCUGGACUACAAGAAGAAGAAGCAUGUGUUCAAACUGAAAGCUACAGAUGGGAAUGAGUAUCUCUUCCAAGCCAAAGAUGACGAGGAGAUGAACUCGUGGAUGCAGGCCAUCUCCACCGCUGCGUCCUCCGAUAAGAGCGAGAUGACCCCGAGCGGCCAUAGCACCCCCGCCUCCAGCCGAGCCCAGACCCUACCCGCCUCCGUCGCCCUGGCAACCGAGUCCAGCCCGGGCAAGCGCGAGAAGGACAAAGAAAAGCGAUUCAGCCUUUUCAGCAAAAAGAAGUAGAGUUCCUCAUUGCUAGCCCCUCCAGUGUCAUUCCUUGACCUCUAACAGCGAGACUCCAGCAUGCAAGCUCAGAGCCAAAACUCCACACUCUGUGCCUAACAAUCCUACAGCCGGGUUCAGAGGUCAACUGCAGUAAGGCGUUUUCUUUUUCCAGAUAAGGAGGAACAAAAUGAAAAUAUGAAAAUUUCAGUUACAGUAAAUAUGAUGCUUUGGGCAGUUGCCAUAACAAACCAUUGAGAAGCCGUCGAAAAACAGGAUAGGGUUUCCAGUUAAGAUUUCUUUCUCUUUUUUCCUGCUUUUUCAUCUCUGCUUUCAACUUGUUGCUUUGGUUGUUUUUCCCAGUUGUUUUUGUAAUUGUAUGUAGUUUCUAGGGUCGGUCCUCAGUUUUGUGAGGCUAUCUUUGAAGGAUGACUUGCAUUGUUCUGCAGUUAAAAAAAGUCAGCGGUGCUUUGAACUGUGUGUAUAACUUGUGUAUAACAAACUAUUAAAAACCUGUUUAAUUUCACUUAGUAAUAAUAAACCCUAAAACCAUUAAAAGCUUCAAUAUAGUCUAAUCUUCCCUACUACUAAGUAUGAUAUUAAUUUGAAUGAAAAGAACAUGUAAGGUGUAAUCAUGUCUGUACUUGAGCUCAAGAAAUUACUAAGACCAGGCAGAAUGUUUGAUAUCCAUGAAGAACUAGAACACAGAUUUAAGAUUUAUUUCUGUCAUUUUUCAAAACAUUAUUCUGUCCUUAAUUAUUUCCUAUAUAAUGUAUGUUUAAAAUUUUAUUUAGUACAAAGUAUAAAGAUUAGAUGUACAAAACAAAAACUUUAAGCAUUGUUGUUAAGUGGAAAAGUAGAUUCAAAAGCAUUUACUGGAAUAAAUAAUGUCAUGGGAAAAUGGUUGCUUGCUUGUUGGCUAUAGCACUGCAUAUUAUCAUUUUUGCUACAUUCUCUGGCUAUUUGAUAGUGUGCAUUUCUCUGUCACUGUAACUAUUGUAAUGAAAUAUUUCUUCAUAUUGCACAAUCGACAAUGCCACGAUGGGAUGGGAGAAAGGUUGUUGGCCAUAGCGGGGCCUCUGGGUAUGCUGUUUAAUAUGGACCAAGGUCAAUUAGAUGGGACUGCACCCGUAGACUUACCCUCUGUUAAAUAUGUGCAAAGCCAUUAAAAUGCUUUUAAGAUUA